AUGGAGCGCGGGCUGCACCUCGGCGCGGCCGCCGCGGGCGAAGACGACCUCUUCCUGCACAAGAGCCUGAGCGCCUCCGCCGCCAAGCGCUUGGAGGCGGCUUUCCGCUCCCCGCCCCCGAGCAUGGACCUGUCCCUGGCGCCGCCGCCUCGGGAGCGCCCGGCGUCCUCCUCCUCGUCGCCUCUGGGCUGCUUCGAGCCGGCUGACCCCGAGGGGGCAGGGCUGCUGUUGCCGCCGCCCGGGGGAGGCGGCGGCGGCGGGGUGGGCGUCCCCGGGCUGCUCGUGGGCACCGCCGGCGUUGGGGGCGAACCUAGCCUGAGCAGCCUGCCGGCUGGGGCCGCCCUGUGCCUCAAAUACGGCGAGAGCGCCAGCCGGGGCUCGGUGGCCGAGAGCAGCGGCGGCGAGCAGAGCCCCGACGACGACAGCGACGGCCGCUGCGAGCUGGUUCUAAGGGCCGGCGGCGCCGACCCGCGGGCCUCCCCGGGCGCGGGAGGCGGCGGCGUCAAGGCGGCCGAGGGCUGCUCCAACGCCCACCACCACGGCGGCGCCAGCGCCCCCCCGGGGGGCCCGGCCGGCAGCGGCGGCGGGGGCAGUGGCGGCGGGGGCGGCGGCGGCGGCGGCGGCAGCAGCAAGAAAUCCAAAGAGCAAAAGGCGCUGCGGCUCAACAUCAACGCCCGGGAGCGCCGGCGGAUGCACGACCUGAACGACGCGCUGGACGAGCUGCGCGCGGUGAUCCCCUACGCGCACAGCCCCUCGGUGCGGAAGCUCUCCAAGAUCGCUACGCUGCUGCUCGCCAAGAACUACAUCCUCAUGCAGGCGCAGGCCCUGGAGGAGAUGCGGCGCCUCGUCGCCUACCUCAACCAGGGCCAGGCCAUCUCGGCCGCCUCCCUGCCCAGCUCCGCAGCGGCGGCGGCGGCGGCCGCUGCCCUGCACCCGGCGCUCGGCGCCUACGAGCAGGCUGCCGGCUACCCGUUCAGCGCCGGGCUGCCCCCGGCCGCCUCCUGCCCGGAGAAGUGCGCCCUGUUCAAUAGCGUCUCCUCCAGCCUCUGCAAACAGUGCACGGAGAAGCCUUAA